AUGCCUCAACCAACUGAAGAACGAUGGAAACAAAUCUCCAAUGAUUUUUGGAACGUUUGGAAUUUUCCUAACUGUUUAGGAGCGCUAGACGGCAAUCAUGUCACUAUCCAAGCUCCAGCAAAUUCUGGAUCUAAUUUUUUUAACUACAAAAAAACGUUUUCAGUUGUUUUGCUAGCAUUAGUGGAUGCAAAUUACAAUUUUAUAGCAGUAGAUGUGGGUGCUUACGGUAAAAACAGCGAUGGUGGUAUAUUGGCACAUUCUAAUUUAGGAAAAUCAUUAGAAAAUGGUUCAUUAAAUAUUCCUAAUGAUGAAAUUCUACCAAAUACCAAUAUUUCUGCACCGUACGUUAUACUAGGCGACGAAGCGUUUCCACUGAAAACGUACUUAAUGAGACCGUAUCCUGGGAAGCAACUUGACGACUUGUCCAAACGAAUUUAUAACUAUCGUGUUUGUAGAACGCGGAGAAAGGAUACAGUCUAA